GUCUUAUUUGUUGUUAAUGAAUUUAGAUUGUUUAGCCGAUUUUCUGUGUCGAGGUCAAAUGCUUGUCAAAGUUUACAACCACACGAUAUGUGGAUGAAUAAAAGUGUAGAAAACUGAUUUGCAGAGAAAGAAGUGAUUCAGAGAUGACAGUAAAACAGGAUGCACAUUUUGUGUGUGGUGUUGCUUUCGGCCUCUCUGGUCCUCGGCCACUCCUCAUCUGCUUUAAAUCAGAUGUGGGAAGAGUGGAAAACUAAGCAUGGCAAGGUUUACGAUAAUCAGACAGAGAUCAUCUUCAGGAGAGCCGUUUGGCAGAAGAACGUGUACACGGUGCUGAGACACAACCAGGAGGCCUUAGCAGGAAAACACAACUUCACUCUCGGACUGAACCACCUGGCUGACAUGACAGCUGAGGAGAUCAAUGAGAAGCUGAACGGCUUGAAGCUGGAGGAGCCUGUUCAUUUCAGAAAUGGCACUGUCAAGGAAGCGAGUGGCUUAUCCAUACCUCAGAGUGUGGACUGGAGGAAGAGCGGCCUGGUCAGUCCUGUCCAAAACCAAGGGUUAUGUGGGUCCUGCUGGGCCUUCAGCUCUUUGGGAGCUCUUGAGGGGCAGAUGAAGAAGCGAACAGGUGUCCUUGUUCCCCUGAGUCCACAGAACCUGGUGGACUGCAGCUCCAGCGAUGGAAACCACGGCUGCAGAGGAGGAUACAUCUCUAAAGCCUACAGCUACGUCAUCCGCAACGGAGGCGUCGACUCAGAGAGAUUUUACCCCUACGAACACAAGAACGGGAAAUGUCGCUACUCUGUCAAAGGAAAGGCUGGCUACUGCUCUCAAUUUCAAUUCCUUCCACGGGGAGACGAGAGGGCUCUGCAGGCUGUGGUGGCAUCAGUAGGACCUGUUGCUGUGGCCAUCAACGCCAUGCUGCCAUCUUUCCACCUCUACAGAGGAGGUUUAUACAACGUCCCCGACUGCAACCCAAGGUUAACAAAUCACGCCGUCCUGGUUGUGGGCUACGGCACAGACAGAGGACAAGACUACUGGCUGGUGAAAAACAGUUGGGGAACUGCGUGGGGUGAGAGAGGCUUCAUUCGACUUGCGAGGAACAAGAAUAAUCUCUGCGGCAUCGCCAGCUUUGCGGUCUACCCAACACUGUGACAGCGUGGCCCGUCACCAUCCCUCAGUAGUUUAAUUUAAAAAAUUAUUGUAUCUGCCUUUUUCAUUGAUGUUUACAAUUCUUGAAUGGACACUUACAAACAAGAAAAAUUAUUGAUUGCUCUGUACCUUUAAAAAUGUUUUUUAAUUUUAUAUAUCUUAUAGGUUUUACACUGUAUUUUCUUUAUAUUUUGUGUGUUUAUUAAAAUAUUAAUAUUUUUUACAGUGCGUUGAAAUGUACUUAAUGGCUUGAAU